CGUAGGAGCGGAAGCGCCCGCCUGCAGUUGCCGGCAGCAGUUCCGUGAUGGUGGGCGGCGGCGGGAUGGGGGGCGGCCUCCUCGAGAACGCGAACCCCCUCAUCUACGAGCGCUCUGGGGAGCGGCCAGUGACCGCGGGCGAGGAGGACGAGCAGGUUCCAGACAGCAUCGACGCGCGCGAGAUCUUCGAUCUGAUUCGCUCCAUCAAUGACCCGGAGCAUCCACUGACGCUGGAAGAAUUGAACGUAGUAGAGCAAGUCCGGGUUCAGGUGAGCGACCCCGAAAGCACAGUGGCCGUGGCCUUCACACCCACCAUUCCGCACUGCAGUAUGGCCACACUUAUUGGCCUGUCCAUCAAAGUCAAGCUUCUGCGAUCCCUUCCCCAGCGUUUCAAGCUGGACGUGCACAUUACACCAGGGACCCAUGCCUCGGAGCAUGCAGUGAACAAGCAGCUUGCGGAUAAAGAGCGGGUGGCAGCCGCCCUAGAGAACACCCACCUGCUGGAGGUUGUGAACCAGUGCCUAUCAGCCCGCUCCUGAGCCUGAAUUUUUGCUCCCAACCCCACGCAGGGCUCAUGGCCUUGUUUUCUUGAACCACUGACAAUAAGAAACUAACAUUUUGCAUUUUGUAAUAAACCCUUAAUUUAUAUUCAUUUCCCAGCAUGCCUGAGAGUCUUUCAUCUCAGUGGGGGUCACUCCGGGUUUGGGGUAGGGGUGGUAGUGAGUGCCUAUACAGGCUGGGUCGAUGAGGUUUGGUUCAUUUUUUAAAUUUCUCCCAAGGGUUUGAUUAGGAAAAGUUGCAAGUAUGCCAAAAAAUUGAAAGAAUAUUGUAGUGAACACUUUUGUAUACCCACCACCUAGAUUUAACAGUUGUUAACAUGUUGCAACUUUGGUUCUAUUUAUGCGUGUGUAGAAUAUAAAUAUACUUGAAAGUAAGCUGCA